AAGAAAGAGUAGGAAGGACAUUUUUUAGCGAGUCGCUUAUUGUAAGAAUAUUUAGCAGUUUCCUUCACACUAACGUCCGAAUCCACAUUAUACUUAACCUCCUUACACAAACAUAAAACUGAUAAAACCUAAGACCAAGGACUUCCACUUACCUCAAAUCAAUUGUUUCUGUAAAUCAUAUCGUAGCCCUCUUUCUGUUGGCCGGGUUAUUUCCAAGCUCGCUCGCGAUUGCAGCGCUGGUUGCUCGAUUCAAAGAUGGCUGGUUCGUGAGACACAUUAUGUCCUUCAAGUCAUGUGGCAUCAUCCGCAAACACUUUUUGGUUCAAUAUCCAUAACCAACAGCAUUUAUGAAUGCUUGUUGAUCUCAAAAGAAAGUUUACUAAAGUGUUGGCAUGUUAAAGCCUGAGUUUAACAUUUCCCUGGGCUCGGGAUUUUUGGAAAGAUGCCAACUUCUCACUUGUGGCCAAGUACUAAAGUUAAUAAGAUGGUGGAUGUUCCCUCAAAGUAGAUGGUUUAUUCUGUUAUUGGCCUCAUUCACCUUGAUAUGAUGCACAAUAUUGUCACCACUGCCUGAAACUUUGGAGAAGGUGGUACAAGCAUACAUGUGCUGAUUUGCCACUUAAGAUCUGCUGCCUAUUAGGCAGCCACCUAAAGUGAUAUUCCUUGAUGUUUGACCCAUUUUAUAAUUCUUUCACUUAACAAAUAUAACAAACUAGUUUGUGCGUUCAUUAGGAUUAAGCAUGUUUGUGAGAACAACUUCAACAAAUUAUCAUUGCUGAACUAAACUCAGGAGAAUCACAUGUUAUGAAUGGGGUUGAAUAGCAUCCUCUAAUGGGGAACAUUGACAAUCUUGUCUACAUUUUCACUUGACCAAAAAUGAAAAGUUUAGCAUCUUUUCACAUGGGGUAAGACUAGGCACAGACUCCUGAUAAGUAAAAAAGCAAGCUUAAUAAUCAUCCGAAUGCAGUGACCCUAGUCAUAGAAUUGGGAUAUAAGAAUCUACUUAGGUAUAUUGGUCUAUGACUACAGAUCCCUAGUCAGUGUACAGAAAGCUUCCCGUCACUGGGGAAUUGAUUCACCUUAAGGCUAGAGUUGGGGCCUUUGCCUUGUUUGCAGGAAGAGGCAUUUAGAGGGGCCACAGUGUUUGCAAGGGUUCAUAGGUUUUUAUGUUUGCAGCAUAAACCAGGGAAUGAAUAUUUUUUAGAUUCUGUAAAGAAUGUUUUUCGUGGUUAACGGGUUCUGUGAGACAGAAAGCUUAUUUCGUAUAUGUGGUUGCUUCAGAUCGUGCCAUGUAGUGGUGAUCUACUAGAUUUUUUCUGAAACGAGUUUGCAUGACUUAAUUAAUGCUGCAUUUCACAUUGAAUUUCCAAAAGAGUAGCUUAGAAAUUUAGAAGGUUGUCUCAAGAUUAAAGUUAAGUGGAUGUUUGAAUAAAAAGUGUUUUAUUGCACCAUGUCCUUUAAUGUGGUUUUCUUUACAUGAAUUGUUCAAAUUUGGUUUCAAUAUGAUAAAGUUUUGGUGGUUGAGGCUUGGGCUGAACAAGAGUUUUUUAAUCCUGUUAUGGGGACUACCAGGCUUGUCUGGUAGGACUUUUUGGCAAAAUUGCCUAUCAACUCAGCUCAACUAACAAGUGCCUUGACCCAUGUAUUUUGGGUUACAUAGUUAUUACCCUUGUCAUUAUGAUUACAGUCUAUAUGGUUUCUGUUCUGCUGUUUACUGUGUGAAGUGACCACUUAGCUGAUUUUACAGAAAGAAAGAAAGAGAUGGCUGGUGCCUCAACCAGUAAAGAUAAGGAAAAAGUAACACUAUUACUAACUUCCCUGAGAUUUGGAGCAUAGCAGUUAGGCUUGUUCAAGGAUGUCCUGCAAAUAUUUUUUGUUACUGCAUCUUGUUCAAAAUCUCUAAUUUCUGACUGUUUAUGUCCUUAAAGAUGUUUAUGUCUUCAUCUAUUCAUAUAUUUAUCAUAUCCUCAAGGUUUGGUUUUUAAAAUCAAGGCAUUCUUAGAAGUGAAAACAUAACACAAUUAUUUGUUAAUUGAUCUCUAUCUAGGAAAAGCUAAAACAGAAUAGGACCCAACUUACUUGUGAUAUUGGUAUAUUUCUAGAUGAUAUUGCAAUCUUGACUCUGCUGUGGUUGUCUGGAGGAGGUACAUGCAGUUCCAAAGCUUCAUAUAAGAUUCAGCGAAAGUUGCUUUUGCAGAAAAUGUGGCAUUAAUUAUCCAAUUACUGUUUUACUUUUACACCACCAAAACACUCAAACAAAAUGUGGUGACUAAGGUGCCAAAGCUUAACAAUGCCAAAAUUGGGUUUACGCACAAGUUUUAUUUGUUACGAAAAGGAAUUUUUCGUUUCAUUAUUUUUCUUUCAGUUCAUGACUACAUGAUCUAAGAAGAUAAGAAUGAUAAGAAAUCCUCAAUUAAACAUCAGAGCUAAUUCGUCCAUAUUGCUUGCUUUAAACAGAUUCUGUUGCAUAAGCAAAGACAACUAUUGCAGGAUUUUGUUAGCAAGGGUUCUCUAUGGGUGAAAGGAGAAAACGCAAAUCAUUGUGGGAUAAGGAAGAAGAGACCAAACAUUUUUCUGAAUUGAGUGAACAUAAUUCUUUGACAGGAAAAGAACAUUCUAGUCAUGAUAUUGGACGUUAUCAUGAAUAUUCUGCAUCCAGAGCCUAUACUGCUCCAAGAUCUAGAGAUCAAUCUGGACAGCCAUCCCGCGAAUCAACUGAAGCAAACCCAGUUGCUCCGGUGAAUGACAGUUUGGUCAAAAGCAGACAGAAUGCUUCUGAAGGGAAGGAAAUAGGUGAGGGAAACAGAUAUUACCAGAACUUGUCUCCUGGAUUUGAUGGAGCCGAACGACGUAAAUAUAACCACUCUCCUGAAAAUGAUCGAAGCCAUUCUCGUAGGUACCUGGGAAGAGGUAGGAGCAGGAGUCGCAGCAGAAGCAGGACUAGGGGCAGGAGUCGCAGUAGGAGCUUGAGUAGGGGCAGGGGAAGGGAAAGGGGAAGGGGCAGUAGUAGGAGCAGGAGUAGAAGCAGAAGCAGAAGCAGAAGUGAUGGCAGUGCAAGGGAUCAGACAAGAAGUCCUACCCCAGUAAGAGAUUAUAGACAUCAAUCUUAUGGAUGGAGUGACAGGAAAAGCAUACCUGAUAAAUCAUCUCAAAUCUGUAGAGAUUUUACUGCAGGACGAUGCAAGAGAGGCAGCCAAUGCAGAUUUUUUCAUCCUAAAAAUGUUAGUCAUGGGGAUGGAGCCCUUGAGGCGGAUAAAACAUCAGAAAGUUUGAGAAAUAGGGCGGAGCGUGGCCAUAACUCAAAACAUUCUUACAGUAGAGGCCCUGGAUCUGAUUUGCAGGAUGAUGCUUCUGUCCCCUAUCAUGGAAAGAAUGAUCAAUCCCAAAACAAGAGUAAAAGUGCAGUUCCUUGCAAGGACUUCAUGCAAGGUACGUGUAGAUGGGGAGACACUUGCAAAUUUUCCCACCAUUUUGCUUCUGAUGAAACUUUUGGAAAAGGGACUAGGCUUGCAUCCAUUGGUAAGGACAUUGAGCACCAACCUUACAGAAAUGAGAAACCCCUUUGCAAGUAUUUUGCAGCAGGGAAGUGUGAUCGGCAUAAUUGCAGGUUCUCUCAUGAGGAUCCAAUGUUUAAGGGCCUAGAAGGCAGGCAAGGUGAAGUCACUGACAACCAUAGUUUACAUGAUAAGAGUAAUGAUUGGAGUGCAUGGAGUGAUGCAACUAGGAUUUCAAACAAUGUGAAGCCUGCUGGUGCAGGUGAAACAUCUGUCACAAACAGUACUGGCAACACUAAUAACAAAAGCUGGGGAAUACCAGAAUGGCCAGAUAAUUCUACGAGUCCUAAUAAACGACCUUCUCCUCCUGAGGCAAGUGGUGGAGAUGCAGGCAUUGCUGAAUCUAUUGGUAAGGAAAAUAUGGCUAACAAAAAGGAACAUCUCAUAUUGCAUGGUCUGCAGUUGCAAAAUCAGGAUGGAUAUUCAGUUGUUGAAGGUCAAAAUACACUGCAGGAAGAUCGAAGUUUUUCUUUGAAAGCCUGGCAGCAGAAUGUUACUCCAGCUUCACAUAUUCACCAGCAGGAUGAUGGAGUAUCAGAAAAUAAUCAAGUGAGUUCAUUUCAGGAUGUUCUUAAUGAGGUGAAGGACUCCAGAAAUACCACUCAUCCAAUUCGUUUCUCUGGAAAAAACUCAAAUCAAAAUGUUGAAAAUGUGUUUCCUGGGCAUUCUUCAAUUUCAAAUGAAACUGAUAGCGGGCAGAACAUGCUCUGUUCUAACCCAUCAAAUGGAUUUAGUGGUGACUUGAGUGGGCCUGGGAGUCUGAAUUUUCAGUUUCAGAUGCAGAACCAUCAGAAAGCUGUUGAAAUACCAGGGAUGUUGGAUACAAAGGUCUCACAAAUUCUUCCCAAUCUUUUAACCAGUCUGCACUCUGCUCAAUUGACAAACUCCCAAGUCACUAUUGCUGGUCAACAGGUUGCUCCAGUGACAAAACCUAGUGUGUUUAUGGCUCAGAGAUUUGUGAAUGAGCAGUCCGAAAGAAAUGAUAACACAGAACUCUCCAAUCCUAGGGGCACAACGCCUUCUUUUUCUGAUAAUUCUAAAGUGAUUCAUCCCAGAAGUCCAAAACAGAAGCAAGAGACAGUACUUGCAAGUUCAGAUGUCAAUGAAAGCGACAGAGCCAUUGGUGACGAGAGCAAGGGAAUCCAAGACAAUAAGCAUUCAGAAACUAUGGAUGGCCAUGGGAAAGCUGAAGAGAGCAAUGCAAAUAAGGAUGACAAGGCGAUGCGUAUAUUUAAAAAUUCUCUUAUAGAGUUUGUAAAGGACAUAUUGAAGCCCACAUGGAAGGAAGGUAAAAUGAGUAGAGAAGUUCACAAAACUAUUGUGAAAAAGGUGGUUGACAAAGUAACCGGGACAAUUCAAGUCGAUCACAUCCCAAAGACACAGGAAAAAGUCGACCAGUAUCUGUCAUAUUCCAAACCCAAAAUUGCAAAACUUGUCCAGGCGUACGUGGGGCGUUGUCUGAAGACAGAUUCUUGAAUCGUGAUUUUUAAUCCUUCCCACAUUUGUACAACUGAUGCAUGGAAGUGUUUUGAUUAUGUUUUGUACUCUGUGUAAUCUUUAGCAGGUUUAUGAAACUGCACAUUCUUCCCCGAAACGUGGUCUGAAGUUAUUUGAUUUGAGCAUAGCAGCAAUCCUGCCCUGAAUUUCCA